UAGAAAUUUUCCAAUUAAGAAGGGUCCCAACACUUUAGGUAACAAAAUUGCACUUGUUUCAAAUGAUUUGCACUUGUUUCUUGAUGCUUCCAUGGGAGAACCUGCCAAUAUUAAGAGAUCAAGAGGUUUACCGGAUGCCCUCUGUUGGUGCCAUCAAUGCAACACUAGUCAAACGCUGCCUCCAGCAAGAAGCUAUCGAAAAGGGGAAUCUGUUGAACUCCAUCCCAUUAGUCGAUCCCCUAGAUGCGUAUUAUGUCUUGAACCCUGAUGGUGAUCUUAGCUUCACCCAGGCUACAUUUGAGGGUUGGUUUAAUGAUAAGAACUUUGAGGGUGCGAGCGGAGUUGCACCCACCGUUGACGAACUGACUGAAGCCUUGAAGAGACAUGACCUAUUUCUUUAUUUUGGGCAUGGAAGCGGUAUGCAAUACAUCCCUGCAGACAAAAAAAAAAGAUCUUGAGACUUGCUCGGCUUGCCUACUAAUGGGAUGCAGCAGCGGGUCACUUAAAGGCAACAAGUCCUACAUUCCUCAGGGCGCCCCCUUAUGUUACCUCUCAGCAGGCUCUCCAAUCAUAGUUGCCAAUCUUUGGGAAGUGACCGACAAAGACAUUGACAGGUUCGGCAAGACAUUGCUGGAAGGGUGGUUAAGAGAAAGGUCCAACUUUUAUGGAAAAUGUGACCAAUGUAGUGAAAUUUCGAAGGAGUUGAAGUCCAUGGAUAUAAAAGGAGGUCGGGGAAAUAGAAAGAGGGAUAUGCAUAAUAAAUGUUGUAGGCAUAGGCCAAGAAUUGGGUCGUUCAUGGGGGAAGCUCGAAAGGCAUGCAUCCUUCGAUAUUUGAAUGGGGCAUCCCCAGUUUGCUAUGGUGUUCCCACUGGAAUUAUAAGAAAAAGUGAUUAAUUAUAACCAUCCCCCGGAGGUGUACAAAUGUAUCAUGUAAAUAUAGGUUUUAUUUAGGUGGUGGUGGUGUUCAGAACAUGUAACCCAUCAGUUAGGUUUAAGGAAUCUAAAUGGUACUUUUUGAGAACCGUGCCUGUAGACAUAUGAUGUGUGGUGGCAGCGCCGCAGCGGGGACAUGCAUACCCGCAAUUUAUGUUAUAGACUACAUGACCGGGUAUAUGGUGGGCUCGGUUUCGGGUGUAAAAAUUGGGGACCGUGUGGUCCCGACUCCUGGUUCGGUCCCAAUGGUCAUCAUUUAAUUUUUUAUUUAUUUAAUUUUUUGCUUUUCAGGAGGGAGGGGUGUGAUUGCUGUUGCAACGGC